GACAGAUUUGUGAUAAGAACAUGGCAACAGAACCAGCCUUCUUUGAUCUUCUUAUUAACAAUGAUGAAAUUUUACGUGCUCGGUUAGAAGCUGGAUUUGCUGAAGAAUUACAGUUCCAAGAGGCUCCACAGCCUUCUUUGAUCAGUUGUCAGAUGCCAAGCAUUGUGUCAUCAUCAACUCCGUCCAAGACCAACAUGGAAGCAAUUUCAGGACACAAGUUUGAACCAUCACCGCAAGUGAUAGAAAAAGGUCAAUCAUCACUGAGUUCUUGUGACAUUUGCCUGGAAAGGAAAGAAAAAUAUCAGAUCAUUAAAAAUGAAAGCUCUGGUCAGAUAUUUUGCUUAGGCUGCAGCAAAACUUUGGAACUGUCAAAAAAAGAAUGGUGCAGCAAAGAGUUGAGUAUGGAUAUGGGUUCUAGAAAUGACACUGCCAAGGUUGCAGUGAAAGCUGUCAGUCUCGACUCAGCACCAAAUGAAGGUGAGUUGGGGUUCAGUGAAAGUAAGCAUAGGAAAAUGGCUGAACCCAUUGUCGCAAAACAGCAGGGUCCACAGAGUCCUAAUCCUAAAGCAUGGGGAUAUACAGACGUGGAUAAGAAUCCAGCCAUUCCAAGUAAUGCUGAUUCUGAGAUGCCAGCUGACAGAGGAAAUGGAGGCUUCCGAACACGCUCCAGAUAUUUCAAGAGCACUGCUGCACGAUCUUUAGACAGGUCAUGUGUGGGACAAAUAUGUAACACGCGAGGAGCUAUUGAUCGUACUCCAGGAAAGGGUUCAGACGCUGGUCAAGAAAGAGAUGCAAAUGGUAUUCAGAAUAAUCUUAUUGACUUGGUGGAUGAUCUUUCUGACUCUGAUGCUUUUGAUGAUAAUGAUGAAUCUGAUUCUGAUUCCGAUCCCUCUGAAAAGAGCCCUGGGAAUACCAAGAAGAGAACUCUGUUGAAGGAAUUCCUUGGGAUAUUGGAGAAAUUGGCACCUGCGGAUGUCAAUGAACAUGCUAGGCAGUGGCACUGUCCUGUAUGCCAAGGAGGUUCUGGUGCUAACAAAUGGUACCAAGGCCUGCGGGCCCUGAUAUUACAUGCCAAAACCAAACUUGGAAAAAGGGUGAAGCUCCACCAGGAAUUCGCACGGCUGUUGGAAGAGAAGUUAUGCAGUAAGGGAACUUCUGACAUUCCUGCUGCCAAAGUGUUGAGUAAAUGGAGAGGUAUAAAACAUGAGAAGAAAAAUGAUGAGAUUGUUUGGCCUCCUAUGGUCAUCAUUAGAAAUACUAGCCUUAUGAAAGAUGAGAACAAUAAGUGGGUUGGCAUGACAAGCAAAGAGCUGCUCGACUCCUUCAGCUCAUAUGACGCUAUCAUGAAGGUUCAACAUGCUUACAAUUGUCAUGGACAUCGUGGGAUUAGUGUUUUGAUUUUUGAGAGCUCAGCAAGGGGCUUUUUAGAGGCAGAGCGCCUGCAUAAGCAUUUUGAAGAACAAGGAACAGGUAGAGAUGCUUGGAAUCAUCGUCCAGUCUACUUCCUGCCAAAUGAAGAGCGCCAACUUCAUGGUUUCAUGGCAAUGAAAGAAGACGUGGAUUGUUUCAACCAGUAUUCAAAAGGUAAGCCCAAGCUGAGAUGUGAAAUGAGAUCAUACCAAGAAAUGGUUGUGAACAAGGUCAGGAAAAUGAGCGAGGACAGUCACCAGCUUAUCUGGAUGAACAACAAGGUAGCUCAAGGACAAAGGCACCUAAAACUUCUUGAAGAAUCAAAUGCCAUGUUGAGGGAAAGGCUGAAGAAUGCAAUGAAGGAAAUUGAUAUUUUGAGACAGAAAAUCAAAUUGCAGCAUGAACAGCACAUGGAAGAGACGGACUUUCAAGAACAAUUUUUCAAGGACCAAAUAAAGAAUAUUCUUGAAGAAAGAGAUGAAAAGGGAGGGGAUCCUCAGAACACAGACGAGGAGUAAUGGAGACAUCACACUCAAGACAUGGCUCACACGUCUGUAGAGUCCAUGAUGAUGGAGGAUAGCUCAAUUUUUAUUUUUAUUUGGAAUUAUUUAUAGGAUUUAAUUUUA